AUGUACAGUUUAAUUAACUCUAACUUCAACAAAACGUAUAAUCCCAGAAGUAAACAAAAUAUUUUAUGCGACAUAAAACGCUUGUUAACAUCUCGAGACACGGCAGCUCAAAACAAAGCCUGCGGUUAUCUAAUCGAAGUUAUAAGCAAGUACAACUAUAAUUCUAACGAAAGAAGUAGCAUAGUUCGAUAUUUAUUAGACAAUGAUAUAACGGUAUUUCUAUGUGAAGCAACUUCAAAUUUGGAUUUUUCACUAUUUCGAUCUGUUCUCCAAUGCAUCCGUCUACUGUGGCGCGAAAUUUGUUUUUUUUCUGAAGAGCACGCAGCACACUCCAUGGCCGCGGUAACUCGUGCAUUAGUACACUACACCGCUACCGGCGCUUUUAACGCUAUGGACGCUUGCCUGCAUUUUAUCUGCGAUCUAUUAAAUGGAGUGAAAUCGAAUAGAACCACUUCCCCUCUAUCUUACCAAAGCGCUUACAGCACCGAACAGCUCUUAGCCUGUUUCACAACAUUAGCUGACAGAAUAAGAGGCAAAGCCAACUCCAUAUUAUCCAGCGCUUUAGUGCUGCACGCGUUAAUAUCGUACCAACCAGCUGAAUUAGAUCUGAAGGGGAGUGUAGCUAAUGGACUUGCGGAUGUCUUGGAAAAGUGGUUUGAACUGCUCAUAAGCGGACUCCAUCAUAUAGUAUUAGCAGGAGUUGGUGGCGAAAUGGGUAUGAUGCUGAUUACCACUUGUGAACUUGGGAUGGAUAUAUUGAGGCUCAUACGAGUUCUUGAGAAAAGCAAAGAACCUAUGGACUUUAUCCACAAGAUAUUAAUAGAUGAUCAAGAGAUUAGCGCACUAAAGCAAUGUUCUUCAAAACUGAGACGUACGAUCUUACAUGCUAUGAACCAGCUCGUUCUAUUUAUAAAGGAUAACCUAGAUACAGUAGGAACAGAGGAGUACAGUGUAUUCCUAAAACUUUUGCUGAAUUUCAUGUACGAAAAUGUGAAUACUGACGUAUUACCUGAGUUUUGUGACAUUUUAUUUUCCAAAGGAUACCUUAUAAUGUUGCCAAAGACACAAAUCAUAAGAAAUGAUACGAUGGUUCGUAAAGUGAGCACUCAGGUUAUAGGUGAAAUGCUCAAAAUAUUAGCUGCUAAAUAUUUAACUGUCAAGGACAAUGAUAAUAUUGACACUUGCAAAGAUAUUCACAUGGGUUUAGUGGAGUUGCAAUAUGGAAUUGAAAUACCGCAAAAUAUAGGAUUACAACUACAGAAGAACCAACCUUACGGCUUGCUGAUUUAUAUUUAUUUCUAUUGCCAAUCUUCAGAGAAUCCUGAAGAAUCCACGGCGCCUUUGCUACCUUUUUUAAUCGAGCAUAUUUUGAGACUGCCAAAGGCCGUGAAACCUCCUGGAUACAUAAUAAAAGCACUGUGGCUAGUUUUUGCUAUGUCUACAGUAUCAAACGGCUCAUUGGCUACAUUAGAGCAAAGAAUUUAUUUAGAGAAGGCGACGGAUCGUUUCGUGGCGAUGUUGCAUCCAGAUCCCGACAUUUAUUACACCCACAACCCUGCUAUAUUGUUUUGGGCUUUCACCUCUUGUAGGAUAUCUAAUUCUAUCAGAUUACGUGUUCUAUCGCAGUGGUUCAAAACAGAGAAUACUCUACCGGAAGAUUUAAUACAAUCAGCAGUCUGGGAGUUACUUCUAAACGUUCUGAUACAAAGUAAAGACAACACAGUCGUUACAAAUUGUAUGGAAGCUCUUAAUAUUUGUAUUGAAAGAGGCGAUGAAACGGCCAAGGAGGAAUUCUCAACUUUAAUUUGGUCGAUGUUACCUGAAGUACUGUCUUACAGUUUGAUUAAUUGUAAUGAAAUAGAGACAAAUAUUUGCUAUAUCUUAGACGUAGCAAUUGCUGAACUACCCUCAAGAAUGGAUCAAUCCGUGUGUCUCAAAGUUGCUGUACUUAUAACGACGUUGUAUUCCAAAAACACAGUAGAUGCUAAAGAUGUUAAUUUGAAAUAUCACUUUGAAUUUGUAUGCUUGAAGUUAUGUUUACUACUUCUAGAUGUAUCCAUAAAGCAAAAUGACGACAAAGUUUUGCUUACAUAUAUAAAUCGCACCGGUUUUCUACCUUGUGUUUUAUCAGCUACCAAUAGUUCAGAUGACAAAGUCGCAUGUACAUCUUUGCAGCUACUUACUUGUAUUAUCUUCUAUUUCACCAAGAACAACUACAAACCAAAAUUAGUUCUUGAAUUGCAAACUGAUCUCAUAAUAAAGUCUCUACGUCAAGACAGUGAAAAUGAACGUGGCACUUCUUUAUUGCAACUCAUACACCUAAUCCUUAGCUCAGGACCAAAUACACCGAUAGUCCUAACUUACGAUUUAACGGAGCAGCCUUCACAGAUACAGCAAUGUAAAGCUUUGAGGGCGCUUAUGUUUAGAAUACAGCUAAUGCUGUGUUGUCGGGACUCCAAAAACCAAUCAUCGGGUGGCUGGAAAACGUUGAACUCAAUCUUCAAACAUGCGAUUCUAUACAAAAAUGAUUCGAAUUUGGUAGCAUCACUAACUUCUCAGCCGUGGACCCACACCCUAAUCCGAUUUCAACUAACGCAGAAUAUAACGCAGGAGUUCCUCGCAUUUGCUCAAAAUUGGCUGAAUUUACUAAAGAUUACCAUAAAGAAGGGCAAAGAAGGGACGAAUUACCACAUUUCGAAAUACAGCCUCAUAGCAAAAACUCUGAACAUGUUGAAAAAUAAUUUGAAUGAAGAAGAAUCAAAAGAAACGAGCAAAAAUGUACUUGGAAUCGUUAAUGAAAUUUUGGAACUCUAA